GGCGCCGCAGCCAGCGCCCCCCGACGCCACGACUGCGCAGGCGCGCCGUCCGCUGAGUUUUCUGCGCUUCCUUCUCCUUCUCUCCAGACGUCGUGGUCGUUGGGUCCUAUGUCGCGCCGGGCCCUCAGGAGGCUGAGGGGGGAACAGCGCGGCCAGGAGCCCCUCGGGCCCGGCGCCCUGCAGUUCGACCUCCGCGAUGACGAUGACGCGGAAGAAGAAGGGCCCAAGCGGGAGCUGGGUGGCCGGCGCCCCGGGGAGGCAGGGAAGGAGGGCGUCCGAGUCAACAACCGGUUCGAGCUGAUAAACAUUGAAGAACUUGAGGAUGACCCUGUGGUCAACGGGGAGAGGUAUGGCUCUUCACUCACAGAUGCUGCGGCACCAGGGAACAAAGGAAGGGCUCCACGUGGACACACAGAAACCAAGGUGGAUGGAGGCGUGGCCAGGACAGCACCCCCAGAGCAGGUGGGGGGCCGAGUGUCUAAUGCAAGUGGCAAACUCCGGAAGAAGAAAAAGAAACAGAAAACUAAGAAAAGCGGCACGGGAGAAGCACUGGAAAACGGACUAGAAGAUAUUGAUCGCAUCCUGGAGAGGAUUGAGGACAGCAGUGGUUUGAACCGUCCUGGCCCAGCUCCCCUGAGCUCCAGGAAGCAUGUUCUCUACGUGGAGCACAGACACUUGAAUCCAGACACAGAACUGAAAAGGUAUUUUGGUGCUCGGGCAGUCCUGGGGGAACAAAGGCCACGGCAGAGACAGCGCGUAUACCCCAAGUGCACAUGGCUGACAACCCCUAAGAGCACCUGGCCCCGGUACAGCAAACCAGGUCUGUCCAUGCGGCUGCUGGAAUCGAAGAAAGGCCUGUCCUUGUUUGCGUUUGAGCACAGUGAGGAGUACCAGCAGGCACAGCACAAGUUCCUGGUGGCCGUGGAGUCCAUGGAGCCCAACAACAUCGUGGUUCUGCUCCAGACGAGCCCGUAUCACGUGGACUCGCUCCUGCAGCUCAGCGAUGCCUGCCGCUUUCAAGAGGAUCAGGAGAUGGCUCGAGACCUCGUAGAGAGAGCACUGUACAGUAUGGAGUGCGCGUUCCACCCCUUGUUCAGCCUCACCAGCGGGGCUUGCCGGCUGGAUUACCGCAGACCCGAGAACAGGAGCUUCUACCUGGCCCUCUACAAGCAGAUGAGCUUCCUGGAGAAGCGAGGCUGCCCACGCACUGCACUGGAGUACUGCAAGCUCAUCCUGAGUCUCGAGCCGGAUGAGGACCCCCUCUGCAUGCUGCUGCUCAUCGACCACCUGGCCUUGCGGGCCCGGAACUACGAGUACCUGAUCCGCCUCUUCCAGGAAUGGGAGGCUCAUCGGAACCUGUCACAGCUCCCAAAUUUUGCCUUCUCUGUUCCACUGGCGUAUUUCCUGUUGAGCCAGCAGACAGACCUCCCUGAGCAUGAGCAGAGCUCUGCCAGGGAGAAGGCCUCGCUCCUGAUACAGCAGGCGCUCACCAUGUUCCCUGGAGUCCUCCUGCCCCUGCUGGACUACUGCAGUGUGCGGCCCGAUGCCACCGUGUCCACUCAUCACUUCUUUGGACCCAAUGCUGAGAUAAGCCAGCCCCCUGCCCUGAGCCAGCUGGUGAGCCUGUAUCUCGGGAGGUCACACUUUCUCUGGAAAGAGCCCGCCACCAUGAGCUGGCUGGAGGAGAACGUCCACAGGGUGCUGCAGGCAGUGGACACCGGAGACCCUGCAGUGGAAGCCUGUGAGCACAGGCGGAAGGUGCUGUACCAGCGCGCACCCAGGAAUAUCCACCGCCAUGUGAUCCUCUCUGAGAUCAAGGAAGCCGUUGCUGCCCUGCCCCCGGACGUGACCACGCAGUCUGUGAUGGGGUUUGACCCUCUGCCUCCUGCGGACACCAUCUACUCCUACGUCAGGCCCGAGAGACUAAGUCCCAUCAGCCAUGGAAACACGAUUGCGCUCUUCUUUCGGUCACUGUUGCCAAAUUAUACCAUGGAGAUGCCUUGAGUCCACCCACAUGGGGAUGUGGUGUUUGGAGCUCCAGCAGCCGUCCUGUGCUUGGGAGUCAAAGAAGAGCCGGUGUUCCAGGGACAGUGAGUGCAGCAGAGGUUGAGCCCAGGCCUGCUGUCCUGAGAGGUGGCUGGGUCACUUGACACCUUGGCAUUGCUGCUGGGGUUAUGUCGUGAGCUGCCGCUGAGCCUGUUUCUAAUGACCGUGAGAUCUGAAGACUACUCUCAAGGCCUGGCCUCUGCCAUGCUUGUGGGGAAUGGUGGAUCCUGCUUCCUCCCCGGCCCUGCUGAGCCCAGCAAGAGCCUGAGGCACAUGUGGCCUCCCCAGUGCCCAUCGCAGCAUUGCUCCCCAGCUGGGCCCUUUUCCACUGAGCCAGACCCCCACAGAGUCUUCAACGCAGGCACCUCCCACACCCCCACCCCCAGGUUCAAAGGAAACUGAUGGCCCCUGAGCCAAGGGCUGAGGCGGGCUGUGGGCCCGGCUGUCCUUGGGAGCUGUACUGGAGCCCACCACGUUGGGACCCAGAGGCAGACUCAUGGUGGCCCAAGAGCUCGGGACUGUUGGUCUGGCAGUGACCCUCACCUCCCUGUGCGUGGCUGCAGCUGGACAGGCCACCCUGGGCUACAGAGCUGGUUUCCCUGCAGCCCUUGGGUGCACACUGAGGGCAUGCAUGCAUAUGUGUGUACAUAUUUGUGUGUGCGCAUGUAUGUGUGUGGGUGCAGGUGUGUGUGUGCAGGUGUGUAUGUGUGUGGGUGUUGCAGACCUUGGGUGCCAGACACAGAACAAACCCAGGAAGGCAUCUGUCUUCAUUGUCCUCAUGGGGCCCUAGUCCAGAAACGUCUUUAUAGAAAGUGCUCCGUGGGACCGUGCCUCUGCCCGUGGGAAGGUGCUGUCCACCGUGACCCUGGUGAGCAGGCACGCCGGCCCCACGUGUCUUCCUGCCGCUCAACACGCAAUGUCUCCAGGGGCACUGGGAGAUCCAAACAGAUAGGAUUAGCUGUAGGAUGAUCUGAUUCCAUCUAAUCACAGAUGAUCCUGAGGCUAAUUUAUCUCCCCCAUGACCAUAACGAAUUGGAACGUUGAUUUUUUCCCAGCUCAUCUGUACCUCAUCUCCUUCCCACAAUGCCCCGACAGGCACAUCCAGUGAGAACCACAGUGGGAGUCCUGUGUCAGGGUCACCCACUUCCGAUGCCCUCCAGCUGUGUCCUGGCAGGAAGCAGGCUGCCCGAUUCUCAUGCCCUUUGAAGUCCCAGGCUGGGUGGAGGCUGGGGUUAACCGCCAUCUGUCUCAAAGCCCUCAUUAUGGAGCUGCAAACAUGAACAUCCCUGAAAUGUGAGGAUGCAGUGGGCUGGGAUAGGGCUGCUCACUAGCUCAUGGCCAGAGGGAAGUGGGGUUUGGGUCUGUGAGGUGCUGUGGAUGUCCAGGGACUCCUAUGCAGGGACAUGGCCCCUUACACCAUGGGGCCAUCUGCCUUCCCCAGCCAGGCUCAGCCGCCUCCUCACAUCUGGGACCCUUCUCUCCAGCGUGAGGCGGCAAAGGUCCUGGGAGGCAAAAGGCUGGGCUGAGGUGAGGCUGUGUGGGUGUGGCCAGACCGCAGGUCUGGGAGGUGUGGGCAGGACUCCAAAUGAGCUGUGUGUGCUUCCAGACACGGGUCUGCCAGUCUCAGGAUGGUUUGACCAAGUCUCCCAAAGCUGAAGCCCCGCCCAUGUCCCUCCUGCCUGCCAUCCAGCAGGUGCACGCACCUGUGUCCAUCAGGUGGUACAAGAAUCUGCCAGCAGCGCUGUCAUUGACAGGGAGUCUGAGGCCACCCCGAUGCCACGUGGUGUGUUCACACAACGGACACCACUGAGGCAGAGGAUUGCAGCCACCAGCAUGGGCAAAUCUUAGCCAGAGAAAGUGAGCCGGGUGGGAACGUAGUGUCUGUGUGUCUGGUGCAGCCUAUGUAUUUGGUUCGGGUGGGGGCAUCCCUCAGCCUGCAUAUUUGUCAUUGGUGCACUUUUACGUGUGUUGUACUUCAAUUAAAACAUUUUAGGCCUGGU